AUGCCCGCCUCGUGCAUUGCGCGGGUCGAAGACUGGACAAAAGGAAAAGUAAAAAAGAAGGAGAGCUGGGACGGUAUUCGCUCCCUCCGACAAAACGAUUUGCUUCCGUCCAUGGACGUCUGCUACAAGUACGCGCACUCCCAGCACAUCAUCCCCGCCGCCUCGGCAUGGACGGCCCCCACCCAGGCCCCACCCGCGCAUCCGCCGCCGCCGUACAAUGGUUAUCAGCAGCCGUGCCCGCCCAUCGUCGUCAACCAGCACUACUAUCUCAACUCCAAGCCCAUUCCUAUUCCAAACAUGAAUGGAAAGAAGAACCAGUCAUCGCUCGACAAGAUUAGCGAUUCCGUCGUCGGCAUCACAAAGGAUGUCGCUCAAGACGUCUUUCCCCAGCUGUACGACGAGAGCGUGUCGGCAUGGCAAACCUAUGGUCCGCAGCUGGUCAAUUCGACCGUCGCCAUGGUGGACCAGAUCUCGAGCAGUUUCGAUCGGAUCAUGACAAUGAUUGACAUUGACAAAAUUGACCGGAAUGACCGUGAUCUGUUAGCCGGUCAGCUUCCCCAGCAAUCCAUGGAGGUGUCGAGGCGACCUCUCGACCAGCCCAAGUCGAGGUCGAAAACGGACAAGACCUAUCACCCCAAGGUGCAAACAACUGCGGUCGCCUCCGCCGUCGUCUCCGGUGAGGGUAUACGACACCCCCGGGGCGCCGAAAAGGACACCCACGUCAGCGCCGAUUGGAGAUCCGGAACCAGAGCAAUGGUGCUCAAAUCAGUACCCAUGGAUGACAAGAGCGUCAUCGUUUUCGCGAUUCGCGGCACGGCCAAUUUCAUGGAUUGGGCGGUGAACCUUAACAUGGCACCGGCCUCUCCCGCCGGGUUUCUGGAUGACGCCGGUAACCUCUGCCACGCCGGCUUUCUCACCUCGGCCCGGAAAAUGGUCAAGCCCGUCGCCGCCCGCCUCCGCCAGCUCCUGACGGAAAAUCCCGGCCGCAGCGACUACUCGCUCCUCAUCACCGGCCACAGCGCCGGAGGCGCCGUCGCCUCCCUGCUCUACAUGCACAUGCUCUCCACCUCGCGCAGCACCGAGUCCGAGCUCAACAUCCUCGCCGGGUGCUUCAAGCGCAUCCACUGCAUCACGUUCGGCACCCCGCCCGUCUCCCUGAUGCCCCUGACCAAGCCCGACAUCCCCCAGCUCAAGAAGAGCGUCUUCAUGAGCUUCAUCAACGAGGGCGACCCCGUGGUCCGCGCCGACAGGGCCUACGUCAAGACGUUGAUCGAGCUCCUCGCCUGCCCGGAACCCGCGGCGGCGGUCAAGAGUAAAGACAAAGACAAGGACCGGGACAAGAAGGCGGCCUCGUUGGGGAAACCCGCGGCCAAGUCCUCCGGUAAAGACGCGAAAACGAUUGCGUCCAAGAGGCCCCGCGCUUCGUCAAAGUCGGCGGGAACCUCGUCGUCGUCGUCGAGGUGGUCCUCGCGGAGCCCCGUCUGGCGGGUGCCCAACUGCACGCUCAGCAACGCUGGGCGGAUCGUCAUCUUGAGGAGCAAGGACCCCAAGGCCAAGGUGACCGGUCGUAGGACAAUCGACGAAAGGCUGCGAGACGGUGUCGUGGCUCAUACGGCGACUGAUUCGGAGCUUAGGGGCGUGAUUUGGGGUGAUCCCCUGUGCCAUAUGAUGUCGUUUUAUUCCAAGAGGAUUGAGCAGUUGGCGGUUGCUGCCAUUACCGCCAAGGGCUAUUAG